AAACGUAAACGGCCCCCGGAAUAUUUUUCAAAAGGGCAUUGACAGCUAUAAUUAUAGAUUUUCAUAGUCCGGGUUCUGUCGCCCGCGGUUUGGGCCCUUUGAGAAAAAAAGAAUAAAUAACCGGGCAUCUCUCCUUUUUUAAAUUUUUCUUUUUUUAUUAUUCUUUCCUCUUUAUUCUAUUUUAAUUAAAGAAAUGACUGUUGAAACUCUUGCUCCCGUUGACGAUGCUCUCCUUCCUGGAGCUCCCGUAGUUGCUGACGAAGACCUUCCCAAGAAGAAGGAGAAGAAGGAAGACAAGAAGGAGAAGAAGGAUAAGGAAGACAAGAAGGACAAAAAGGAAAAGAAGGAUAAAAAGGAAAAGAAGGCCGAUACUACUGAAAAGGCUGAAAAGAAGACCAAGGAGCCCAAGGAAGAGAAGGAACCUAAGGCCAUUCGUCAGGCUGUUGGUGUCAUUGUCAUUGAUCCCGCCACACAAAAGAUCCUCAUGUUGGGUAGUCGCAAAAAGGAAGGCGCGUAUGUUCUUCCUCGUGAUGAUUGUCAAACUGAACCCACAGAAGAACACCCUGAAAAGGCUGCUAUUCGUCUCUUACAUGAAAAGGCCGGUGUCACUGCCAGCUUCUUGUCUAGCCGUGUUGGUUCCUACUCUGAAUCCAACAAGAAGGGUAAGGUCAUUGCUCAUCAUUGGAUGUAUGAGGUCAAUGCUCCCACAUUACUCGAAACAUGGCCCGAUGCCACUCGUGAACGUGUCUGGGUUUCUUAUGAAGAUGCUCUUACCGCCACCGAAAGCAAGCGCAUGUCUCAUCUUGCUCUUGAAAAGUGUUCUCUUGCCAAGAAAUAAUCCAAAUUGUCCCAAACUUAUAUAUCCACUUUUUUAAUAAACGAGCAUUCAUUUUGAAUUGUAACAGAAUAAUAAUAUUUGGAUUUAAAAGGGAGAUUGAAUUUACUUUGCAGUCUGACUAAAUUGGUAGUUGCAUUAACUUUGUACUAUAUUUAUACAAUGAUCUGUGGUGAUACUACAGUGCACAUACUUAUGGGCCCAGACCAAAAAAAGGCAUCGCAUUUUAAGUACCUUUUGUUCUUUAGAAAAUAAACAAAAUGGCUUCAUUAAAAAAAACAAAUCAAUCCCUCAUAUAUUCC